GUGCCCCUGGAUCCUCGCUUGAAUUAAUGGAUGUGUUUAUUACAGUGCAUGGUUCACUGGUGUAUCUAAGAAUGCCCAACAGGGGUGCAUGGGGCAAUUCGAGAGAGCAAAGCAACUGAUAGGCGAAAUAUUUAGCUGAUUUUCCAAACUUUAGUUCCACCUCACCAAGAUGUGCACCCACCCAUGCUCAAACCCAUGCCCUUGGGUUACGUCACCUCUGUAUAAAGUCACUGAGAGAAAAGAACGUUAAUCCCUUUUCUCCGAUACGUUCGAUUUGUCACGGGGAACACGGGGACAAAGUCCACUCUUAAUACGAGACACGGCAUGCACUUCAUUAUUAUAAGCAAAAUUAUUCUACGAAACUAACAUGACUGCAGACAGGAAAGGGAAAUAGUCAAGAACAUAAUAUAUGCUCUAUACUGGUUAAACAAAUCCUGAUCGAACAAAGCCUUAAUUGAUCAUAUAUAAUGAGAGACAACGGGACAUACCCGAGGUGAUUGCAAGUAUACAGUUCCGAGGUAGUACUGCACUCACAACACAAUAUUUUCUCUUCUAAAUUGGUCAAUAAAUUCAUUUCAUCAAGUUGACACUUACAUCAACCCAUUGUCAAUUAAUGGAACUGAGUACUACUACCUGUAGAAAUCUUAUGGGAAUCACAGAAUUCCGUAGUCAACGGACUGAUUUAACUAGAACCGUGUGAGCAGAUUGCGGUAAUGGAUCUUGAUGUUGAGUCGUUUCCAAGGCUCCGUGUUCUCCCGGAGUGUAGUCUGAACGAUGAGGAUCUUCACAUCAAGGCCGUUGGUCUCAGACCCCACCAGAGGGUCACACUACGCGCUCACGUUUACUCUGAAUCAAGGAAACAUCGGUUCGAAUCCCAUGCUCGGUACGAAGCCGAUGACAGAGGAGUGGUGGAAGUCGAGAAGACACCAUCCCUCGGAGGAAGCUACCGGGGCAUCGAACCGAUGGGCUUGCUCUGGAGUCUAGAACCUGCACCAGAGGACGCCAGUAAGAGACCCCGCCUUGUCAAGCUCAACGUCCAGAAACCUUUCAUCUACACCUUCCAGCUGAUCGACGAUGAUGAUGAGAAUAAACUGAUGCAUUCCACUUCGGUCGAGAGAUGGUAUCUAGCCAGUUAUGUAGAGAGGCAUCUUGCGCAGCAUGGGACUGCAGACGGGUGCCUCUACCUCCCCCAAAAGAAGGGUGCCUCGGAUCCGCUGCCGGUGCUGCUCGAUAUCAGAGGUGGCGUGCCAUUCUUGGUGGAAGAUCGUCCAUCCUUGAUGGCAUCUCAUGGCUUCGCUGUCUUCUCCAUCAAUUACUUCCGAAAGAUGAUGGAGGGGAGGGUUGUCAUGCAUGAAAAAUGCAGAUACUUUGACCUUCAGAUAUUCCUGGACCUCUUCGAGUAUAUUGCCCUCCAUCCUCGACUGGACAUCAACCGAGUCGGCAUUGUGUCGUCAUGUCUCGGGAGCGUCCUGGCACUCCAAGCGGCUGCCAGGUUGAAGGAUCUGAUUCCUAUCCGAUGUGUGGCUGCUACCGGCUGUUUGGACUUUCUGGGUUAUCAGAUCGGUCUCAAGCUACCCGACGGAUCAACGAUCGAUCCUUACAACACUGCUGAUCAUUGCGAAGUAGUCGAGGACAAAGAUGGUGGAUUUAUAUGGCAGCUGAAUGAUUUCAACGCUUACGAUAAUCUCCAAGGUGACUUUUUAACACCGGUGGAAGACAUAACGUGCCCACUGCUUUUUAUCACUUCGGGUGACGAUCAGCAACUACCGUCAUACAAACGCAUGACAGCAAUGAAGGAUAGGAUAGAGAAAGUGGGUAAGGGUCAUCUCUUAGAGAGUAUCUAUCUUGAAGGUACGGGCCACUAUGUUGAUGCUCCGUAUCUACCUGUUUGCCGCCAAAAUAACAUGGAUCCAACUCUUCCUUAUCCUGUCUUUUCGAUCAACGGAGGCGAUCCACGACUCCAUGCAUAUGGACUUAACAAAGCUUGGCGGAAGUCGAUAAACUGGUUCCGGUGUCAACUAAACGUCACAGAAACCUACCGUUUAGAUUGGCUAGAUUCGAAUCCAUCAGUUUCACACCUUUCGUCCAAACUUUGAUGUUGACUAAAUAUUUCUUUGAUCCCUUGAUUUUAUUGGGCAUUUUCAUCUUCAAUGAAAACACAGUAAUUACAAAAUACUGAACAUGUGUAUCCUUUCAUGACUAACAAAUAAAUGUCUCACACUUAUUAGUUCUUGAUGGAUUGCUCUCGAAUAUACUUAAUGUGCAAUUAUUAUCGAACUACUAUAGAUGGAAUUGGAUAUUCAUCCGAUAUUGUUUCAGAUGAUCCUUAAGCCUUUAUAUCUUUCCCGUAAAUAUAGGAGAGAUUCCCGACAAUUUAAAAUUGCUUGUAUCUAUACAUAGUUGUUUCAAGAAAAAUUGCUAUGAAUCAUGUUCAAAGGAAAAUUGUUGUGCUUGCAUGAAUACUUGUAUGUGUAAUUUCAGUUGUUUAUGGUACGAUAUUCUGUUAAUAUAUACAUGAAAAAAUACGUUAAAAGAUGACAGCACUACACAAAAGAUUGAUGGAGAAUAUAUAUUUUUUUAAUUUCUAUAGAUGAAUAUCAUUUGUAAAUCAUCGUCGUUUAAUAGGAAUCGGACCGGGAAUCAAAAGUUCCAAAUCACAUUUGUUUUAUUGCUUUCGCAUUAAUAUUUCCUAUUUCAAAGAAUAUAAUUGACUUAAUUCGAACUGAAUCUUAUUUUGUAAAACUAUUAUAGGUGCAAGAGAGGUUUCUUGCAGGGCAUUUACCAUUCGUAAUAUGUGCUCUGCAUGGGUCACAACAUUCUAAAAUAAACGCGUUGUUCUGGAGAGUGUUAUAUAAUUAUGAAGAAAAUUCUAUUUUUCUUAAAAUGAUCAAUAAAGUCUCGGCAUUUGAUAAUUA